AUGUCCUCCCAAGCCUCGAAAAUAAACGUCAUCUCAGGAUCAUCCACGACGGUUCCCGUAUCUGGAACCGAAUUUGCCAGGAAGCAAUGUCAAGUACUUCUAUUUGGCGACCUGAGCUUGCUGCGCUUUAAAGAUCGAUUGCGACGCCUGUUGCACGUUGAAACCAAUCCUCUCCUCACGUCUUUCUUUGACCGGGUGAGCUAUGCUCUUCGGAGGCUGCUUGGAACCCUGCCCGAGGAAGAACAAAAUCUGUUUCCUCGAUUUACCACACUCAUCGACCUCGUCGCGAAAUUUGGGGAAACGGACUGCGCUUCGGUCCUAGGGUUUUUCCUGUUGAGCGUACAUGAGGUAGCUCAGUCCAUCGUAUACUUCACAGAGGGAUCCAAACCGUAUCCCCCGCCACCAGGAACCUAUGUUAUUGGUCCCUGCACGGGUGGCUUUGCUGCUGCAGCUAUCAGUUGCUCGCAAAGCCUAUCUGAUUUAGUAUCCAAUGGAGUACAUGCUGUACUUGCAGCCUUCAGUGCGGCUUUGCGGUCGUUUCUAGUUGGCCAGAGCCUGUUGCCGCGAGCAAAAUCCACGCAGACGCAGCCCAACAAGUCGUGGUCGGCUGUUUUAAUUGCGCAAGGGGAUAUCAGUGUUGAGAAAAUGGUACAGGAAUACACAAAUAUCAAGACACCACUUCAUAACGCAGCGCUUUGGAUCAGUGCCAUUACACCAAAGACAACGACGCUGAGCGGUCGCCCUUCCGUGUUGCAAGACUUCCUGACAACAAACGUGCAUAGGGUGAAGUCGCAAUACCUAGAGAUUGAAUCGCCGUAUCACUCGGCCCACCUCUUUGACUCGGCUGAUGUUGAGCGGAUUGUCAGCCAUGUUCAGCGAGCUGACAUAGAGGAUGCGACACGUCAGGCACAGAGGAUUCCGCUCAUUUCCUCAUCGACUGGCAAGGUCGUGACCGCAUCUGAUUUCACAGAUCUCCUACAAACCGUGGUCCGCGAAGCCUUGCAGGAACCUGUCCGAUGGGACUUGAUGCUUGAAUCGUUCAGUACGCUGUUGACAGAGGCACAGACACAAGAAUGUACCAUAUUGCCAUUCUCCAGUAAUGCUGCAUCCAUGCUCUCUACAGCCUUACUGGGUAGGGAUCCGAACAUCCAAGUCAUCAUUCAAGAUGUAUCGUCGCCCCAAUCUAAGGGCAAAUCGACCCCAACUCCGCCCACGGGUCGCUUUGAGCACUCCAAGAUCGCCAUCAUCGGAUACUCAGGCCGGUUUCCAUCAUCCGCUUCCAAUGAAGCAUUCUGGGAGCUGCUCAAGGAUGGUCGCGAUGUGCACCGCGAAAUCCCGCCGGAUCGAUUUGACUGGAAGACACACUUUGACCCGACCGGAAAGACGAGAAAUACAAGCCGCGUCAAAUCUGGGUGUUUCAUCGACGAGCCAGGUCUAUUCGAUACAAGCUUUUUCAAUAUGUCCCCGCGAGAGGCUGAGAAUACAGAUCCAGCGCAGCGACUGGCUAUCACGACGACUUACGAGGCUAUGGAAAUGGCUGGUCUGGUGCGCAACCGAACCCCUAGCACUCAGCAGGAUAGAAUAGGAGUGUUCUUUGGCACUACCAGUGAUGACUGGAGGGAAGUAAAUAGUGGGCAGGAUAUUGGUACCUAUUUUAUCCCUGGUGGCAAUCGAGCUUUUGUGCCUGGUCGUAUUAGCUACUUCUUUCGCUUUUCCGGCCCUAGUCUAAGCAUCGACACUGCGUGCUCCUCAAGCUUCGCAGCUAUUCAAGCUGCCUGUGGUUAUCUAUGGAGAGGCGAGUGUGAUACUACUAUUGCUGGCGGUACCAAUAUUAUCACUAACCCAGACAAUUUUGCGGGCUUGGACCGUGGCCACUUUUUGUCAACAACUGGCAAUUGCAAUGCCUUUGACGAUCAAGCCAACGGCUACUGCCGCUCUGAUGCAGUAGGCACAGUAAUUCUCAAGCGCCUAGAGGAUGCUGAAGCCGACAACGACCCGAUCUUUGGUGUCAUUGCCGGCACUAACACGAACCACUGCGGGCAAACGGACAGUAUUACGCGUCCUCACGAGGCCGACCAGACCAGUGUAUUCAAGCGUAUCAUACGGUAUGCCGAUGUCGACCCGUUGGACGUCAGCUACAUCGAGAUGCACGGCACCGGUACGCAGGCUGGGGACGCCGUUGAGAUGAAGUCGGUGCUGGCGGUUUUCGGGCCAGAUUACACGAGGACAAACGUGCAACCGGCUCGACCCCUCCAUAUUGGUUCGGCCAAGGCGAACAUUGGCCACGCAGAGUCGGCGUCGGGCGUUUCUUCGCUAAUCAAGGUGCUCAUGAUGAUGAAGUACAGCGAGAUCCCGCGCCACUGUGGUAUCAAGACCAGCAUCAAUCACAACUACCCAUUGGAUCUUGCACGGCGCGGCGUCUUCAUUCCUUUAGAGUCGACCCCGUGGCGGCGUCAGGACGCUGUCUCCGGCAAGAGGGCGGCCUUCUUGAAUAACUUCAGUGCUGCUGGAGGGAACACAGCGAUCCUGCUAGAGGAUGCACCGGCAUCUGCGCCGCUGCCGAUCAUAAAAGACUCCCGCCCUAUUCAAAUUGUCACCGUGACAGCAAAAUCGCCGAAGUCCCUCCUUGCCAAUACUAACUCACUUGUCUCCUUUCUCGAAACGAAGGAUCGUUCCGUCUCGCUUCCUGCUCUGUCAUACACAACCACAGCCCGCCGCAUGCACCACAACUAUCGAGUCAUAGUUUCUGGGCCGGACAUAGCGUCAAUUAUCUCAGUUCUCAAAAUUCGUGCGGGUGAGAUUCAGGCAUCAUUGGCCAGUCUGAAGCCGGUCCCCGCUGCUAGGAAAAAGAAGCCGCAGGUAGUCUUCAUGUUUUCCGGCCAGGGAGUCCUUUACGCUGAGCUAGGAAAGUCGCUCCUUGUUACCAAUACCACGUUCCGCACAAGUAUCGUUCGGCUUAAUCGCCUUGCCGAGAUCCAGGGCUUCCCGACGUUUCUGGGCCUCAUCGAUGGGUCAACCACCGCUGCCGACCUCCGCUCCGCCAAUGCGAUCGUCUCGCAUCUCGCGCUAGUGUGUGUUCAAGUUGCGUUGACUGAACUCUGGAUGAGCUGGGGUGUAGUACCUGCUGCCGUAGUUGGCCAUAGCUUGGGUGAGUAUGCGGCUCUGCACGCAGCUGGAGUCCUCAGCAUUGCAGAUGUGAUCUAUCUCGUAGGAACUCGGGCAACACUUCUGGAGGCGCGCUGCAGGGUCGGUACGCAUGCCAUGCUUGCUAUCAAGGGGUCGCUGGAUAUUGCAGAGAAGCUUAUCCACCAAGUUUCCGAGGGCGAGGUCUGUGAGUUGGCGUGUGCUAAUCAAUCGUCUGGAUAUGUUAUUUCUGGGCCUGUUGACAAGAUUUCCCAGAUCUCCAGCGCAGCCGUGGACAUGGGUAUUGAGACCGUUCGGCUGAAUAUCCCAUUUGCGUUCCACUCGGCCCAGGUUGAUCCCAUCCUCUCCGAGUUCGAGAGGGCGGCGGGGCAAGGCGUUGCUUACCACCCUCCUGUGGUUCCCUUCCUGUCGCCACUGCUAGCCAAGCUCGUGCCAGCAGGUGACGAACACACACUCAAUGCGUCGUAUCUGACUGCCGCGUGCCGAGGCACGGUAGACUUUAAAGGGGCACUUGAAGCUUUUGCUACCGCUCAGGCAGAGGAUGGCAGUUUAGUUUUAGGCGCCGCCGAACGCACUAUCUGGCUUGAGAUUGGGCCGCAUCCCAUCUGCACCGGUAUGGUCAAGGGCACACUUGGCUCGCACGUAAAGACAGCGACAACCCUCCGACAGAAUGUUGAAGUAUAUAAAACGCUGUCAGCGACCAUCGAGGUGCUGUACCUGGCUGGAGUCGAGGUCAACUGGAAUGAGUAUCAUCGUGACUUUCCGGUCUCGCAUCAGGUCCUGGAGCUUCCCGCGUAUGCAUGGGAUCUGAAGAAUUACUGGAUUGACUACCGCAAUAAUUUUUGUCUCACCAAGGGAGGUGGAUUGAUUAAACAGCCUGCUGUCAAGGAGGCCGUUAUGCCAAAGUAUAUUUCACCGUGUGCGCAGCAGAUAAUUGAGGAGUCCCACGGCGCGGAUGAAUCCACGCUUGUCGUAGAGUCCGACAUAUUUGACGACAGACUGCUACCGGUCCUACAAGGUCAUUUAGUGAAUGGUGCUGCUCUAUGUCCAUCAUCGAUGUAUGCAGACCUUGCCCUGACCUUGGCAAAUUAUAUGCUGACCCGAGGGCCCAACCCGCCCUCUGCUACCACCGGCCUCGAAGUGAAUAAUGUCAAGGCUGUGAACCCGCUCAUCGCUCGGCUCACCGAAACCACGCAUCGUUUCCGUGUCUCGGCCACGGCAGAAUGGUCUUCCAGUCUUAUUUUCAUGACCAUUUUCAGUGUUGACGGCAAUGGCAAGCGCACCACCUCGCAUGCACAGCUCGAAGUACGUGUGACGCCCCAACAGCGCUGGGCCAACGAGUGGAAGCGCAAUGCACACCUCAUCACAGCACGGGUUGAUGCAUUACACCAGAGCAUCCAUGUUGACGAACCAAAUAGCGACAGCCACUUAAUCAAGCGUGGAAUGGCGUACAAGCUUUUUAGCACCUUGGUUCAGUACAGCAGAGAUUACCAGGGCAUGGCGGAGGUUGUACUAGACAGCAAGCGUCUGGAAGCUGUUGCCACAGUGAAGUUCCUGGCUGGCCAAGAAGGCUUCCAUCUGAACCCCAAGUGGAUAGAUAGUCUGGGUCACAUUGCCGGUUUCAUCAUGAACGUCAAUGACAACGUUGACAGUCGGACGCAGGUAUUCAUCAACCAUGGGUGGGAGAGAAUGCGGAUUGCCGAACCAUUUCAAGCAGGUAAGACCUACCAUGCGUAUAACCGCAUGCAGUUGGUUGAGAAGACAACCUAUGUGGGUGAUACGUAUAUUCUGGAGGAAGGACGUAUCGUGGCCAUCUUUGAAGGCGUCACAUUCCAAGGUGUCCCACGUCAAGUUCUGGACCAUCUCCUCCCCAGUAAAUCCUGGUCCACCGACACGAAACCUGUCAACAACUCUCAGCCACCGAAACACAAUUCUCAGUUGCCAGUUGUUAAAGGAGAGUCUGACGGCAAGUCCUCCGCGCGCUCUAGUUCCGAAAGCAGUAGUGACCAGGAGUCUGAGGAGACGCAGUUCACCAGCAGUGCUACAUCAGUGUACCAGGAUGCAACACAACAAGGUCAAUCAUCAUCUGGACGCACUAGUGCUGCGCUCAUUCUAAGGCAAAUCAUUGCCGAGCAAACGCGUGUGACCAUCGACGAAUUGAAGGUGUCAACAUGUCUCGCCGACAUUGGUAUCGAUUCGUUACUCGGCCUGUCUAUCAGCGGAAAGCUACAGGAGAUCUUGGAUGUGGACAUUCCUGGAAGUAUGUUCUCAGAAUUCGAGACUCUGCAAGACAUUGAAGAGGAACUGCUCAAGGCACUUGGCUUGGACCAGUCCAACCCGAAGCAGGUCGGCCAGCCAUUCAAUAGGUCUACUGUGGCAGCAGACUCCUCAUUAAGGGAUGGCAACAUUCCAUGGUCGUCGGACUUAUCGACCCAUCAGAUUUUGCCAGAGGAAUGUCGGAACCAGUCCUUCGCUGAUUCUUCACCCCCGCAGGCGACAUCCAUUUUGCUCUCUGGCUCGCCGCAAGCAGCUCGGCUGAUUUUAUUCCUCUUCCCCGACGGCUCAGGCUCGGCUUCAUCCUAUGCUGCAUUGGCACGAGUCAUCAACACCAGUAGCGUCGCCGUUUAUGGACUCAACUGUCCCUGGCGUAAGAUUGGAGCCGAGAUGACUCGCACAGGGGUGACCAUGUCUACAAUGAUCUCUAGAUAUGUGUCUGAGGUGCGAAGACUCAUACAGCCGCUCUCUGAUCAUGCCCCUUUCGUGGCCUUGGGAGGUUGGUCAGCUGGCGGUAUUCUCGCAUUGGAAGCAGCAAGGCAGCUGAAACAGCAACCCGAAGCAAUCAGGGUCAGCAAGCUGGUCCUCCUCGACUCGCCCAACCCGAUCGGCCUACAGAACCCCCCGGAGAAGAUGUAUGAUUUUUUUGACUCGCUGGGCAUAUUCGGCGAUGGCAAGGCCAAAACACCGGAGUGGCUGCGUGCCCAUUUCGACGCAUUCCUUCGCAUCUUGGACGCCUACGAUCCUGAGCCUCUUUUCGAUAUUCCAACCUCUUUGAUGGUAUAUGCGCGCGAUGGGGUCUGCAAGGAUCCGGAUGGGCCGACGAUGGAGACGCAUCCAGAUGAUCCACGCGAGAUGCUGUGGCUGUUGAACAACCGCACCGACUUCUCGGCGCGUGGAUGGGCCAGCGUGUUGGGGCAGGAAAAAUUGAGGGUAAGAGUACUGGAUGAGGUCAACCAUUUCAGUCUCAUGGAUGCGGGGCCGAAGUUGAAGGAAAUGGGUCAAAUUGUGACGGAUUUUCUGGUUGGAGGAUAG